GCAGGCACCUCCCCGCCAGCUCUCCCUGCAGGCUCCGCCGCCCGACCCUCGUGCCCAGCCCCAUGGCCCGCGCCGCGAUCCCCGCUGCCUCCUGCGCUCCCCGGCUCCUCCGGGCGGCGCUGCUGCUCCUGCUCCUGGUCACCGCCGGCCGCCCCUCGACAGCGGCGCCCGUGGUCCGUGAACUGCGCUGCCAGUGCUUCCAGACCCUGCAGGGCAUCCACCUCAAGAACAUCCAAAGUGUGAAGGUGACGUCCCCGGGACCCCAUUGCGACCAGACCGAAGUCAUAGCCACUCUCAAGAAUGGGCAGGAAGCCUGUCUCGACCCCACAGCCCCCAUGGUUAAGAAAAUCAUCGACAAGAUGCUAAACAAGUGA